AUGAAGAAAGCCAACAGAGAAAGCCGCCAGAGAACAAAAGCCUCCCAAAACCGGUUUUCACUGAACCCAUUCCCCCCACAGGGGACAAGUGGCGUGGUAGCUGUGUCCCAUCUGUCUGGGCUGCUAGGUUGGUCCGGGGCAUGGCUGGGGCUGUCCAUAUCAAGUGGUGCCCACAGCGAGGAUGGCUCAGCUCACAUGUGGAAGGCUCUCACCUACUUCGCAGUGCUCCCUGGCAUGGAUGUGAGCAUGCUGAAUGUCUUCCUGAGGUCGCAUCACAGAGAGCAUGAGAGACCCGAGUUCGUCGCCUACCACCAUCUCCACAUCAGGUCCAAGCCCUUUCCCUGGGGAGAUGGUAAUCAUACUCUAUUCCAUAACUCUCACGUGAAUCCACUUCCAAUCGGCUAUGAAGAUGAAAAAAGAGAACCUGGACCACCACCCAGGGGGACUACAGCACUGGUUUAG